AUAUUUAAUAUAAUAUGUUGUAUUUCCUUCAAAAUCGUUAUAACGUCUCCACUCUUCAUCGUCAGACUACGAUUUCACAACUCGGUAAAGUCGGAUCAACGAGAUUGCGAGACAGGCGGGAUGACAUUAUAAUAAUAAUAUAAAACAAUGCGUUAUUAGGCAGAGGGGCUGAUGAGCUAUACUCUGCUAGUCAGCUAUAUAUUAUAGUAUACUCAUAAUGUGCGCAUGGACAGGAAAACGACGAAUAUUCGAAUUUCGUUCAUGUGACGCAAUAUCACUUACGGAGGCUCCUUCGACCUUGAAGAACAUCUCUACAAAUACAAUAUAUAAUAUAUUAUGAUAUUAUUAUUAAAUACAUCCAUCAUGUGCCACACUCUACGAAUCGUGUGGAUGCAUCAAAUAGCAGCUGCGGUUGACGGAGAGUGUUAAGAUGAAGUCAGUGUUCGAAGAGCUGAGAUCGGCCAAAUUUCAUAUACCAUCGACGUUUCCAACCGGAGUUAGAACAGGGCCGGCCACAAUAAGAUACUCGUCGACGCCGAACGUGGCCACGACAUGUCGUCGACACUCGGUAGGAGACGCCGAGUUUUAUCAGUCGUCGUCAGUCCCGUUCGAACAAUCGUCCAAGUUACUUCAGCGGCCCAAAGACAUCGGACGAAACUUACUACCAUCCUUUCCACCGGAAAACGAUAUGCCCGUAGCGAACUGUGCAGGACAAACUUCCCGUCAAUACAUGUCGCUGGUCGACGAUGCGAUUAGUUCCCCCGUUGUGGAUACACCGGACAGAGUUGACACGACAUCGUGUACGUCUGAGCCGGAACUUCGGGUAACACCGGCUGGCAUCUUGAAGACAAGCGAAUUCGGUGGCUGUCGGUGGUCCUCAGCACCGAACAUCCUCCCGCGUUGUUCACUGAUGGACCGGACCGACCAGAACCCGAAACGCAUGACAAAUGUAGUGACGUCACUCGUCAGGAGUUGUUGGCCUGCAGCGAGCCCAUACAUCCCAAACGGCGUCGCACAAUUUGGAGACGGACGAAGAAAUUCGUCCGGCGCAUGUUGUGCUGCGCCGUUUGAGGUUAGGUUAAAAGUAAAGCGAGCAAAAAAAAAUAAAUGUUACAGUUGCAUAAUAUACUAGUCGUUUAUACA